AUGACCCUUCGAGACGUUGCAACUACGAUGUGGUGGCUCGCCUCCGUGGAGAAGCACGACGCUCCAGCGUUUGCUUUGGCGGCGGCGGCCGGCCGCCGGCUGUUGUGCCCUGAGAGCACUGGGCCGCCCGCCCUGCAGGCCACAUCCAGCCUUGCUUGGGCCACUGCCAAGUUGGAGCUGCGUGGCGAUGUUUUAGUUACUUUGCUGGUGCAGCAAGCUUUGGCACUGGAGCCGAACCCCCAGGCUAUGGCCAACAUCUCUUGGGCUUUGGCGAAGCUUGUUGCCGCAGGCGAGAAGUGGCUGGGGGCUGCCGCGCCGCAAGUCAUAGCACGCAUUUCUGAGCUCCAGGCACAGAACCUGUCUAAUGCAGCCCAGAGAUCUGCAAUCGUCGCGAGCAAGAAUGAGGAGCUGAUGGGAGCUAUAGCAGGAGAAGGGGAGCGCCAACUGUCUGGCGGCCUUGUCGACGUGCAGUUUGCGGCCAACAUGGCUUGGUCUUUUGCAAAGCUUCGUUACAAGGACAGCACGUCCGAGGCUUUCCUGCUGCAGGGCCUGGCCCAAUUGGCAGCUCUCGAUGCGCGGGCAACUGCCAACACUGUUUGGGCCGUGGCUAUGUCAGACCCGCGCCGCAUGGCAGCCCUGGAUGGGACUGUGCACGCAGCAUCGCGGGCGCUGCCAGACCUUGACGCACAGGGCCCGAGCAACGCAGCGUGGGGCUUCGCAGUUGCGGAGGUGUCCAGCGCAGCUUCGAUGGGUGCUACCGGAGCAGCAGUUCUUUAG